AUGGAAGAGUUUGAUUUUGUUAUUGUAGGCGGUGGUAUUGCUGGUGUAUCGUGCGCUGAAUCGCUUGCGUUUCUUUGUUUAGAUUCUAAGAUUGCUUUGAUAACAGCUAGCCCAUUAAUUAAAGCCGUUACGAACUUAGUUCCCCUCACCAAAAUGUUGACUAGAUUUGACAUUGAAGAAAGAGAAGCCGAUACACUAUCUCAAAGUAACCCUUCUGUUACGGUUGUCAAAGAUUUUGUCACCGGAUUUGAUUCUAUCAAACACCUUGUGUUUCUAAAAAGUGGAGUGGAAUUGAAGUACAAGAAACUGUGUUUGUGUAGUGGCGCUUCACCUAAACUUAUUCCCGGUGAAAGUAAAAAUAUUGUCGGUAUAAGGGACACAGAGUCAGUCAAGGACUUUCAGGACCGGGUACAAGAUUCUUCCAGGAUUGUGGUUGUUGGAAACGGUGGGAUUGCAACUGAAAUCAUUUACGAACUAACUGGUGUUGAAUUGAUUUGGGUAAUAAAAGAUGAACAUAUAUCAGCAAACUUUAUUGAUCCAGUCGCAGCUGAAUUUUUUCAAGACAGACUUUUAAAGCAAGAUGUAAGUGAUACCCCACCAAUUGUGAAACGAAUGAAGUAUACAGUAGAAGAUGAUAAAAGUCAUUUAGAAAAAUCAGGCGCUGCUCUAGGACCUGAUUGGCAUUCUAAAUACAAGUUGCAGGGAUCACUCAGAAGUGACACUAAAGUUGUUAUAGAAUACAAGUCUGAAGUGGAUUCAGUUUUGAGCCCUGAAGAAGCCAAAAACCUUGUUGAUAAGUCUGACCAAGAAAGAUGGCAAACCUUUGUCAAACUAACAAAUGGUCAAAUCUAUGGAUGUGAUUUCAUUGUUUCUGCAACAGGAGUUGUUCCUUGUUGUAAUUUUGAUAUGAAAUGCAACCGAGUUUUUGACAAGGCUGAGGAUGGUGGAAUAAAGGUUGACUGGAAAAUGGAAACCAAUUUACCUGAUAUUUUCGCUGCUGGAGACGUCUGCCAUGCUUCUUGGGACAGAGCUCCUCAUUGGUUCCAAAUGCGUUUAUGGACUCAGGCAAGACAAAUGGGGACGUACGCUGCCAAGGCAAUGUCUGCUGCUCUCAAAGAGGAGCAAUUCUAUCAAGACUUUUGUUUCGAGAUGUUUUCCCAUGUAACAAAAUUUUUCGGCUACAAAGUAGUUUUGCUGGGUUUGUUCAAUGGUCAGACUUUGGCUAAUAACUAUGAGGUUUUACUCAGGAUCACAAAAGGAGUUGAAUAUGUCAAAUGUGUAAUGAAGAAUGGACGAAUGCAGGGAGCUGUACUCAUUGGCGAAACAGACUUGGAGGAGAUGUGUGAAAACCUGAUUUUGAAUCAACUCGACUUGACUGACUUUGGUGAAGAUCUUCUGAAUCCUGAUAUUGAUAUUGAGGACUAUUUUGAUUGAUACAUUUCACGCUACUGUUCAUAAUAAAUAUUUUGUACCGCCAUAA